AUGGAGUCAGUUUUACCUGGAAUUCUUCUUUCCCCUUUUCCUUCCUCUAUAUCAUAUCUCCUCCCCCCCUUCCCCCUUUCCAUCCCUCCCCUGUCUCCCCUCUGGCAGCCCUUGGAUCCCCAGGAGACCAGCACCAAAAACCCUCUGGAGGAGCCUGAACCCCCUGAACCAGAUGGGCCCCCCCCAGCCCCCCUGCAGGACAGGACAGCCCCGACCCCCACGGGCCCAGACAACACCCUGAGCCCCCCAAAUGUGAGGGUUGAGGGUGACAAAGGCACAGAAAAGGAGAGUGAGGAGUGGGACAACGACAGCGGCGAGACCUCGGUGUGGGACAGCUCUGACCUGGGCACAGAGACCCUCGGAGCCCACCCGGAAAUCCCUCUGGGGGACCUUCCCCAGACCCGCUCCGGGCUCCAGGCCUACAGGACCCACCUGCUCAUGGAGCUCAUGUGGCUGCAACAGGCCAUUGCCAGCAGGAAAAACUUCUUGAUGCUGAAGCGGAAGCUGGGGAUUCCUGACUCCUUGGAAGGCAUUCCCAACCCCCUGGAUGGGUGUGGGGAAGCCGUGGAGCUGCAGCACCACGGGUGACCUCAGGGGAGCUCCAGCUCCGUGGGUUGAUGGUUUUAACUUCAGCAGAAUGUGGCAAGAAAGCCUCUCAGUUUUUGUAGAUGUGAAUAUUUGGUCAGAGCAGGAUUAAACACCGUGGAGCCAGGGAGGUUGUGGUGUGUGCUGGAGGGAUUCCCAGUGAGGAUCCUUCCAGAAGGACCCCAUUCCUGUUGGCUGAGCUGGGUGAUCUGGGGGGGGAAAAUGGAGAAUGGGAAGAUUUUUCACUUACAGAAGGUGCUUUUGGACUGAAAUGCCUGAAGGCAGCAGGUGCUGGGAGCUGCAGGAACAGCCUGUUCCCCUCUGAACUGUGUGGGAAUCUGAGCUGUGUGUUUGGGAGGGCUCUGCACUUCACACCUCUGCAAUCUCCAGGAUCUCCAAGUGCCCGUGGUGGAUUUUAGGAACACUGGACCAGUGCCUCAGGGAGGUUGGGAGGUGCUCUAUCUGUUCCUGUAGCUCAGGAACAUUCCAGGUCCCUGGAAAAGGGACUUUCCACAUGGUGCUGUGGUUCCCCCCCUCUGUGAUUCCCUCUCUGCAUUCCUGCUGCCUGAACAGCCUCUGUUGCCAGGUGGCAGAUGGAUCCCCCUGUUCCAGAAUAGAUCCCCACUUGUUUGUGAAUAAAAAGCUUUCCUAAUGCUCCUC